CAUCCAAACAAGAUGUAAAUUGCUGGAGUGAUUUAUGUUGAAUCUUCUAGCGACGGAACAUCUAGUUUUUUAAUUAUUCUAUUCUCUUUUGUUGAUUGCUCUAUAUAUAAUAGUAUAAACUGUAUACAUGAAAAUGGAAAAAAGUAAAAAGCUUAUCACUUCUUGAUGAUACAAGUAGGAUAUAAUUUAGAAGAAAAUAAUUAUACAACAAUGCAAAGCUGUAUUAUCAUCGUCCUCAGUAUCUGCAUCACUCUCUUGCUCAAAUCCCUGUAUGAUGUUAUCAUCUAUUUGAAUUCCAAAUUCAAGAAGAAACUCCCUCCGGGACCAUACACUUUUCCAGUGAUUGGCAGUUUAUUAUGGGUCGGAAGGUCCUUCACCGACUUGGAACCCAUGCUCCGCAACCUUAAGGCUAAGUAUGGUCCACUCAUCACUCUCAAUAUUGGGUCUCGUUCCACCAUAUUCGUAGCAAAUCACUCUUUAGCCUAUCAAGCUUUAGUCCAACAAGGCGCUGUUUUCUCUGACCGGCCAAGGCCUGUGCCCACCAGUGCAAUCGCCAAUAGUAACCAGCGCACCAUCAGCGCCUCCCCUUAUGGCCCUUUAUGGCGGCUUCUUCGUCGAAACCUGACUUCAGAAAUACUCCAUCCUUCUCGCGUCGAGUCCUAUUCCAAAGCAAGAUCUUGGGUAUUGGGUAUCCUCCUUCAACAGCUUCGCGGCGCACAAGCUGAUUCUGUGAGGUUAAUUGAUCAUUUUCAGUAUGCCAUGUUCUGUUUGCUUAUUUUGAUGUGUUUUGGGGACAAGCUUGAGGAAUCGCAAAUCAAGAAAGUUGAAAAUAUGCAGCGGAAAUUGCUCCUGGAUUUCCAACGAUUCAAUAUACUCAAUUUCUUACCUAGAGUUAGCAAAAUAAUUUUUUGGAAUCGCUGGAAGGAACUCAUUGAACUACGACAAGAGCAAGAGAAUAUCUUGAUUCCUUUGAUUGAAGCUCGAAGCAGGGCCAAAGAGCAAAAGCUUGAGCAAGGUGAUGAUUAUGUGGUGGCAUAUGUGGAUACUCUGUUGAAUUUGGAGUUACCAGAGGAACAGAGGAACUUCAAUCAAGGAGAAAUCGUAACCCUCUGCAGUGAAUUCCUAACCGCCGGAACUGACACGACGUCCAAUGCCUUACAGUGGAUUAUGGCCAACUUGGUCAAAAAGCCUUCCAUUCAGGAAAAACUAUAUCGAGAAAUUGCCAGUGUAGUGGGAGAAAAACAGAGCAAGUUAACAAAUGAGGGGGUGAAGGAGGAGGAUUUGCAGAAAAUGCCCUACUUGAAAGCAGUGAUAUUGGAAGGUCUUAGGCGGCACCCACCUGGUCACUUUGUGCUUCCACAUACAGUGACGGAGGAAGUAGAACUAAAUGGCUACCUCAUCCCAAAGGAUGCCACCAUCAAUUUCAUGGUCGCAGAGAUGGGUUUAGAUCCAAAGGUGUGGGAGAAUCCCUUGGAAUUUAGGCCAGAGAGGUUCUUAGUGGAAGGGUCAGAUAUAGAAGGGUUUGAUAUAACGGGAAGUAGAGAGAUCAAGAUGAUGCCAUUUGGCGCAGGGAGGAGAAUAUGUCCUGGCCUUGUGUUGGCUAUGCUUCACUUAGAAUACUUUGUGGCUAAUUUGGUUUGGCAUUUUCAAUGGAAGCCUGUGCAAGGAGAUGAUGUUGAUCUCUCAGAGAAGCAAGAAUUCACCGUUGUGAUGAAGGAUCCAUUACGAGCUCUUAUCUGCCCCCGAGUUAACUCUGUUUAAAUUUGAUAAUUUGUUCUUUUUAUUUGCUUUCUCUAUUGAUGAUUUCCCUCCCACAGUUAGAUGUUAAAUGAAGUGUAAUGUCUUGUUUCAAUGUCACUCAGCCUGCUUAAAUGGUUGAUUGAUACUUUAAUAAAAUAGGUUUUUUUCUAAUAAGGUUAAAGCGCCAAAAAUAUCUCUAAACUAUCCGAAAUGGAGCAAAAAUACUCUCCCUUAGUGUUUUGGUUCGAAAACACUCCUUUGUUAAUUUUUUGGCUUAAAAAUGGAAUGACACCAAGCACACUGUGUGGACAAAAAAUACC